AUGUCCUCUCCCAAGAUAAUGGCAGGAGGGUUCAUUGCCACCUCAUCACUAUCAAGGCUGGCCAAAAUCACCCCGUCCCGCGGAGAUGCUGCUUCAACCGGGGCUUUAUCCUCCACACAAGCCUUCGCCUUUCGGAGCUUCCUACCACCACGCAAAUUACCCGGCUGGGACUGCACAAGGCCAGCGGCAGCAGCAACUCCAACUCGGGGAGCAGCUUCUUGGACCAUUUUCUUCAGCGGCUGCAUUUUCGAGCGCCGAGACCUCCUCUUCACCGCUUUCUCCAUCCCAGCUGCCGUCGGAGAACUGUGCGCCGCCUGGACCGUCAAAGACCCAUUCAGCAUAGGUUGCUGCACUGUAGCCUGGGCCGCCGCGGGAUGCACGUCCACCAUGUCGUCAUCAGAAUCAUCCUCGAGGAUAAGACGGCGGCGACGUGACUCUUCCUGGAUCGUGGCAAAUGAGGCACCACUCGACUUCGGGCAGGGGUCCUGCCGACCCACUGAAGCUGGCCGGGACUGGUCCGCCACCACGACGACAGGGGGUCCGUGA